GCAAUCGAAGUUGGUUAUGGGCUCUAUGCCGGCACCAAGAUGAGACCCGGCCGAACGAUAAUAGCAACCAGGAAUCUGCUCCUGCUACUCCCACUUGUUCUAGGAACGCUAAAUGGGGUCCAGGCUCAAUGUCCUUGGCAAAGGGAUGUCCCUGAUUUGCAGACAAGCUGCAUUUGUGCCUAUAACUUGGGCAGGGAACUAUCCGUGCAAUGUGAUCAGGUUGAUUUCCCGCAACUCCUGGAGGCCAUGAACACUCAUGCUCGACUGAAACCCGUGGAUUUGUUAUAUGUAAAUAACUCUUCGAUUCCAGAGCUGCCCGAGGCCAUCUUUAGCAAUUUGAGCCUUCAUAAUGUGCAACUUUCAAGCUGUGGCAUUCAACGGAUUGCAGCCGGUGCCUUCAAGGGUCAGGAGUCUGUGUUGCGAAAUCUCAAUUUGCAGGAUAAUCUGCUUACGGAAGUGCCUGUGGAGGCACUUCGUGUCCUGGGCAAGCUUAAUCUGUUGGAUUUAUCCAAAAAUCAACUUAGCCGCAUUCCCGACGAUGCCUUUGUGGGUCUGACAAAGCUCUCAACCCUCAAGUUGAACGAUAACAAUGUGACCCUCGCAGGGAGUGCAUUUCGAGGUCUCGAACAGAGUUUGAAAAACUUGAAUCUCAAGGGGACCAAACAGCGAAAGGUUCCGGAAUGCAUUCGAGGAUUGAAAAGUCUAGCUUUUCUCGAUCUCUCACAGAAUGGGAUCAAAGAGUUGCCCGGUGCGGGUGGUAUACGUGUCUUUGAUGGUCUGGAUGCUUUGACAGCCUUGAAUUUGGAAAGGAAUCUCAUCCAGAGUAUUGGUGAAACGGCCUUUGCGGGCGUUAGGAAGACCCUUAGUUCACUGAGUUUGCUCAAUAAUUUGCUGGCUGAAUUUCCCAUUGGUGCUGUGCACUCACUGAAAGAGCUACGCGUUUUGGACAUUGGAUUCAAUCUGUUGACCACAUUGCCAGAGGCAGCCUUUCGGGGCAAUCCUGGCAUCACUCUGCUAGCUUUGGAUGGCAAUCCCCUGAGCAGUGUGCCCGAGGGUGCCUUUGCCCAUCUGAAUGCCACACUGAGAGGUCUUUCCCUGGGAGGUAGAUUCUUACACUGCGAUUGUAAGCUACGAUGGGUGGCCGAAUGGAUACGCAAUGGAGACUUACAGGUAACAUCCCGGGAACGAAACCCACAGUUCUGUGGCACUCCACCACGUUUCCGGGACCGUGGCUUCUACUCCAUUCAGCCGGAGGAACUCAGUUGUCCGGACAUUGCCGAUGCCGCCCUCCGUGGACCCGUUGGCCUGGCCGAUAACCUCAAGCCAACAUUGCCCACCUCCCCCACCGUCGAUUCGGUGGAGUUUGAGACGGGAACGGGCACUGGAACAGGGUUGGGCACCGGCACAGCCGCAUCGGCUCCAGUGGGGAGCAGUGUGAGCAGUUCAACAUCGACAACGACACCCACAACGACCACGACGAUAACAACAACGCCGGAGCCAACCACCAAGAGGAGCACGACCCGUCCACCCACCAAGACAACAACAACAACUGCAUCUGGUACAACUUCAUCUCCAGCAACAAAUCUCUCUGUGAAUGGAACUGGGACAGUUCAGGCCACCUCCAUUACCACCACCAGCAGCAGCUCAUCCUCAUCCUCCUCCUCGUCAACGGGUCAUGGGAAUAGCAAACAGGCUCCAGGAUGGCGACAAGGUGUAACCAAUGGCAACGGCAAUAGUGGCGGAACUGGAGGACUUCAUAAGCCACAGAGACCACCACUUGUCCUGGGCUAUCCGCCCCAGAGGGGCACUCGCAUCGAUGAUGCCAACGAGGUGCAAGUGAAGCAUGCCUUCCGACAGGAUAGUUCCGUGAUCAUUCAAUGGGACUCGGACACGGCAAAUAUCCUGGGAUUCCGUGUGGUCUAUCGCCUGUUUGGUGAGAAGGCCUUUAAGCAGGGACCACCGUUGGAGGCCAGCGAAAGGGAAUUCAAGAUCAAGAAUGUCCCGGCCCAAGAGUGUAUCAUUGUGUGUGUCAUAUCGCUGGAGGAGCUGCAUGUUACCCCCGAGACAGUGCCCUAUCAGCAGUGCCGUGAAGUCAGGACGGUGGCCUCACAGGCCUCCAACAUGGAUAAGAUAACGAUUGCGGCCAGUGCGGCCAUUUGUGGCACCAUCAUUGUGGCCGUGAUUGUCUUCAUUGCUGCCAGCAGACGCUCCCGCAAACUGCAAAACAGCCAACAGAAGAGCCCGCUGCCAAUUGGAGGUCUGCCCGUUAAUUGCUGCGGUCCAACCGGUUCACCAGGACCACUUGGCUCCAUUGCAACGCUAUCGGCAUUUAACAAUCACAAGGAAUGGGAUCAGGUGUCUGCCUACAGUGGUCGCUCGAUACCUAGACCUCGCAUUUAUCCCGUGGAACAGCCAGAUGAUAUGCGUAGUCACUUUUCUGGCAUGCCUGGCAAGGUGGGCAAGUCAAGAUCCUUGGCGGAUGGACAAUCGCAGCAUAGUUUCUCAAACAAUUCACAUCGCGGCUAUUUGGGCAGCGCCUUUCCCUCGAAUUUGGUGAAUUCUCGCCCGGAAUUGCGUCAAUCCCGGCAAUCCUUGGCCGCCGCCUCGGAGCGUAUGUCAAGGGCUUCCUAUGCCGGCUCCAUACAUGGCGGAGGAGGAGGUGGCAAUGGAGGCGGAGCAGGUGCAGGAGGCGGUGCUCCCGUGAGCAGCCUAAUGGCCAUGAGCGGAAUGGUGGGUGGCGGUGGCCCCGCCAGCAUUGCCUCCAGUGCCCGAAGAUCGCGUCCGCGCUCCAGAUCACGCGAACAGCUAAAUGCCAGCCACAUACAUAACCAUCGACCGGGAAGUCGAUACUCGCAGGCGGGAUCGACGCAUACGCUGAACAAUUAUUGCGAUACAUCGGACAAUUGGACGGAUCAUGAUAUGGACAUCUAUAUGGCCCGAAAUCCGACAACGCGGAACGGUCUAGUGCCAUUAUGAGGGCGGCUUACGUUAUCCUGAUAUUUCAAUGUUGUAUUAAACUGGGAUGGCAUUUUCUGACAAUAUCUGACGCCGGCCAUUGAGGGGCAUGGUCGGCGUCAUCAGCAGCAACAACAGCAGCAGCAGCAAC